CGACACCCGUGCUCUAGAGCUAAAACAGCAGGACGGAAAAAUCCCAAAUACAAUACGUCCACCUAUUAUGAGAUGACGACGUGCCGAUUAGUUUUUGAGCCAAAUCGUGCAAUAGGAUGAGGCCCUCCAGAGGAACCCUCAAAUACCGGAAUUCUGCAAUGAGAUCUGAAUUCUUCUCGUUAAUUGCUAUCGUAAUGACCUAUUUUAUGAUCAGAAAAGUCAGUGCAGUUAAUUACUGAAACGUUAUAGAAUAGUUUGGGAAACUUGGUUCCUAUUUUUAUUUUUUUGUGACCCUACCAGUGAAUGUGCACAAGAAUACUCGCACAGCCAUUGAGAAGCUCCUGUGUCCAGUGUUCCCUGUUUAGGGUUUUAGCUAUGUGUGUCCCUCAUGUUCUGGUUAUCCUGGGCACCCACUCAAUUGCCCAUAUGGUUAUUCUGGCCUAUCCUGGCAGCAUCAAGAAGAAGGCAAGGACCAUCCCUGGACAGGGUGAGAAGUCCAUGACAGAUGAUACUGAAUUCAUUUAGAGCUUGACCUGCAGGCAUUUCAAAAGUUGGGCUGGACCGGAGUAUUCCAGAGCAGUACUGAGCAGACACAGGUGGGAUGUGCAGAGUCGGCAUUGAGUGGCUGUUCAAGCCAAGAAUGCAGGAGCCAUUAAACAUUUAAGAGGAAGUCCACCCCUCCAUUCAGUAGAUUGUCAUGCAACCUUGCCACUCUAAAGUCCUGAUAUUUCAACUUGUGGAUGCUCAGUUUUUUUUUUCCAAAUGAAAUAAGAUCCCUUAACUUCCUCCCAUGUCAUACAUGGAGAAAUGUUUGAGUUUCUAAAAGAGCCACUGAGUCACGCCAACAUCUUAAAGACUUAAGCGAAGGUGCUAGGGAAAGAGAAGAGGUGUGAGGUGUUUGUGCUAAAUUGGGCAGAAGUGACGCAAAGAAGAUCCGUUAAUAUGGCGGAUGUUCACACAGUAAGGUCGGCCACAGUCCUGUAGGUACAAAAACAUUAGGGUUAUCUUUUUUGUUGAAAGGAGAGUCAAUUAUUAUGCAGGCUGAGAGGGGUUCCCAAACUUCAACUUUCUCUAUGAAAGCCAAUUAAUUCAUUUCAGGGUUAACAGUGGACACAGGCAGGAACCAACCUGUAAGGGAUGCCAGUCUAUCACAGGGUGCUCUCGGGUCAUCACCGGUCAGUUUAGAGCCUCCAUUGAGCUGGACACACGUGUGUUUGGGAUGUAGGAGAUAAAACUGGAGGAGUGAACGGAAAACUUCAAACUGUGAGUGCACAGCACAAAAUUAGAGAUGGACCAUCUGAGAAAUGAAAGUAAAGUGUGACUAGGAUCCACCUGUUGGAAUGGAUUUUGACCGAGUGUGCGAGAAAAUCUGAGACCACAAGCGACCAGGCCAAUAUGAGAAACGGGCCUUCUGAAGAUGUGAGCUGAUGAAAGUAUAAAAAAAGAGGGCCUCCUUCCCAGUUCCCCUGGCCUUGCAGCGAGUUGUUUAAUGGCCUCCAGGACUGGGCUGUCCAUGUGAAAGGAGGAAUCUUAGAAGAGAAGAGCAGACACUUGGGGCGGGGGGGCAGAGAGAGAAGAGUUUUACACGGUAGCAAUGGCCUCAACCAGCGAGGACGGCGUGGAUGAAAAAGUGGCACACAUUAAACAAGAGGACUGUGAGUGGGGUGCACCCGGGGAUUUGUGUGUGAAGUCAGAAGACUGUGAAAGAAGAAUUUCAGUUUUGAAAGAGGAGGAGUCUGAGGGGGAACUCGUUCGGGUUAAAGUGGAGGACUUGGAAGGUUUGUCAGUUAGCCUUGAACUUCCAAAACAGGAACCCCUCAAUGUUUUCAAGCAAGAUUUUGGUGACGAGUCUUACUCUAGUGUACACAUCUCGUUCACUAAUAUGGGACAACUGGCUACCCAGCAGAAUCCUCUGGAACUGAAAUCCGAGUUUGAGGGAAAUAAAGAAGAAGAAGAAGAGGAUGAGCAGCAGUCAACCAGAAGUGUAGGAACAAAUUUCCAUGGGAAUGUCAGCUUCUCCCCAUCUUCAUUUGCACAGACUUCUCUUCUGUGCAGACUGCAACAAAAGCAAGACAAAAAGAAGAUGAAGAAGUCAGCAAGAGGAUCGGAGAAUUUAACAGCAGCUCCUUUACAGCAUAGUUCUCUUCCUGCGACAGAAGCCAUCAAAACUGACCAACAACAAGCGCAAAACACAGACCAGGAGGAUUUGUUUGCCGGUCAAGAAUGCAGACAAACUUAUAAAAGCAAAUCUGACUGUAAAAAUAGCAAAUCAGUUCAUACAAAACCAAAGCCACAUUGCUGUUCCGAAUGUGGCAAACAAUUCCCUGUCAGUAGCGCUCUUCAGAGGCACAUGAGAAUUCAUACCGGAGAAAAACCUCACUCCUGCUCUGAAUGUGGCAAACGACUUUCUGACAGAUACAGUCUCCAAAUACAUACAAGAAUCCACACAGGAGAAAAGCCAUAUGGUUGUACUGAAUGUGGAAAAAAAUUCAUUCAAAGUAGCCGCCUUCAGAGCCAUACAAGAAUUCAUACUGGAGACAAGCCAUUUGCUUGUUCUGAAUGUGGCAAAAAAUUCCUCUAUAACAGCAGUCUUCAGGCACACACAAGAAUUCAUACUGGAGAAAAACCUCAUUGCUGCUCCGAAUGUGGCAAACGAUUUUCUGACAGUUACAGUCUCCAGAGACAUACAAGAGUUCACACUGGAGAGAAACCCUAUGGUUGUGCUGAAUGUGGCAAACGAUUCACCCAAAGUAGCACUCUUCAGAGCCACACAAGAAUCCAUACGGGAGAGAAGCCAUUUGGCUGUUCCGAAUGUGGAAAAAGAUUCACAGACAGUAGGGCCCUUCGGCAGCAUAAACAAAUUCAUACUGGAGAGAAGCCGUAUUGCUGUUCUGUAUGUGGCAAACGAUUCACCAGCAGUCACCAGCUUCAGAGCCACACAAGAAUUCAUACUGGAGAGAAGCCAUAUUGCUGCUCUCAGUGUGGGAAACGAUUCAUCCAAAGUAGCAGUCUUAAGAAACACAUAAAACUCCACACUGUUCUUCUGUUAAUUGCCGCCGCCUCGGCUAACAUACGAAACUCGCGUCUGCACUUUAAAGACAAAAGUGGAGAAGACGACAGAGGAAAAAAAGAAAAAGAACAAGCGGCUUCGAGAAGGAGGACGACUGUCGGUGAGCAACGGGAGAAUCGGGCGGGGCUGGAGACGAGGGAAAAGGAAAGUUUAGGUCGAGGAGACAGAAAGCUGAGGGCGGCAAUGGUGGCGAUAAAUCGGAAAAGAAGGCGAAUGAGAGAAUGGCCUCCAGGCCGGGGCUGCCCACGUGAAAAGGUAAUCGUAGAAGAGAAGAGCAGACGUUUGUCAGGAGAGAGAAGAGUUUUACACGGAGCAAUGGCCUCAGCUAAAGAUUUUGUCACGUGUGAAGCGCUCGCACACAUUAAGCAAGAGGAUUGUGUGUGGGGUGCAUUAGCAGACAUGCGUGUGAAGUCAGAGGAUUGCGAGAGAAGAAUUUCGGGUUUUAAAGAGGAGGAAUCUGAGGGGGAGAAUGUUGGGAUCAGCGUCGAGGAUUUGAAAAAUGCGUCCGUUCGUGUCAAGCCGCAAAAUCCUGAAAAUGGGAAUGGCUUCAAGCAAGAGAUUCCUGAAGAGUCUCAUUGCAGUUCUCAGCUCUGGUUCACUAAUACGGGACAACUGGCUACCCAGCGGAAUUCUUUGAAAGUGAAAUCCGAGUUAUCCAAAUUUGAGGAGAACAUUACUGAUGCAGAAGAGGAGCAGAAGUCGCCUAGGAGUGUUCAGACAAAUUUGCAUGAGAAUGGCAGCUUCUCCCCAUCUUCACAUCCUCAGACUUCUUUUGAGUGCAGACGGCAAACCAAGCAGGAUGACAAGAAGAUGAAGAAAUCAACAAGAGGAUUGGAGGGAUUGACAGCAGCCUCUUUGCAGUGUAGUUCUGUUACUGCGGCCAAUCAAGUAAAUACAGAAGCCAUCGACACUGAUCAACAAGAGAUGCGUAAUACAGACCAAGAGACUUUAUAUGCCUACAGGGAGUGCAGAAAAUUCUUGAAAAACGCCAAUGACUGUAAAGAACACGAGUUGAAUCAUACGAGACAAAAUCCAUAUUCCUGUUCUGAAUGUGGUAAACUGCUGUCGUGCCGUGGCAGUCUUCGCAAACAUAAAAGAAUUCACACUGGAGAGAAGCCCUAUUGCUGUAUUGAAUGUGGUAAGCGUUUCUCAGACAGCAGCACUCAUCAUAAGCAUAUGAGGAUUCACACGGGAGAGAAACCCCAUUGCUGCCCAGAAUGUGGCAAACAAUUCUCUCAAAUAAACAGUCUUAAGAGACACUCAAGAAUCCACACCGGAGAAAAACCCUAUACCUGUUCUGAGUGUGGAAAACAGUUCUCGCAUAUAAGCAAUUUUCAGAGACACACAAAAAUCCACACGGGAGAAAAACCUCUCAGCUGUUCUGAAUGUGGCAAAUGUUUUCCAGACAAUCAGAGUGUCAAUAGGCAUAUGCGAAUUCACACCGGAGAAAAGCCCUAUGGCUGCUCUGAUUGUGGCAAACGAUUCACUGACAGCAGCAAUCUUCAGAACCACACAAGAAUUCAUACUGGAGAGAAACCAUAUGGCUGUUCUGAAUGUGGCAAAAUAUUUUCGUAUUUUAAAAAUCUGAAGAAGCAUGCAAAAACUCACACUGCAGAAAAGAGCCCUCAUUGCUGUUCUGAAUGUGGAAAAAUAUUCUUACAAACUUCCCAACUUAAACGCCACAUGAGAAUUCACACAGCUGUCCUGAAUGUGGUAAAUGAUUCUUAAACUUCAGUGGCCUUCAUAGUCAUAAACAAACUCACAAAGUGGAGCGUAUCCAUGUUCUUGUCCAGAAUGUGGUAAAUGAUUCUCAUAUAUACGCAGUCUGCAGAUGGCAUGUAAGAAUCCACAGUGGAGAAUCCAUCUUGUGCAGAAACAGGAGUUCAAAAGGCUUCACCAAACGAUGAGGAAGAGCAACUGAGAAAGAUCACAAGAAUACAGUAGCAGAUUUCCUGCUCCAGUUUCAUGUAGAGGUGCAGUUAACCCACAGCUGGCUUAGCUUAGGCGAACUGAGACUGGGUAACAACAACAACAACAAUUUAUGUCUUGUACAGCCCAAAAUCACACAGGGAAUACCUCCAUGGGCUUUAACAGGCCCUGUGUUUCGACAGGUCUUGGUCAGAGGCCUGGAGACCUCGGCCAACAAGCUGCCUCCCACUACUUCCCAUUCUACCGCUCUCAUGCCGUGGCAGUCUUUGCAAAUGACAUAAUUCACACUGGAGAGAAACCAUGUUACUGCACUGAAUGUGGCAAGCGUUUCUCAGACAGCAUCGCUCGACGUAAGCCAUGAGAAUUCACAUGGGAGAAAGGUGGGUGUCGACUUAUAACCACAUUUCAAAUUGUCUACACAAUCGUGUUCAGUCCAAUGGUCAGCUGGGGACCGAUCAGAAGAUUCUGGCUCAUCGCUUUCUAGAUCACGCACAUCAAAAUCGGAGUCCAAUACGUCAGAGUCCGACUCGGCAUUAAUUUGCUAAACGCUGUUCGUGGAGAAUUUUGCUUUGCGCAUUCGCUUUGCUCUCUCGCCAGAUCCACCUUUAGAUCCGGUGGGUGGCACCUCAGGCAGCUGCUCUGCUGUGCAUUCCUGCCGGCCGCUGAAAAAAAAAAA